GAAAUGUACUAUAAAAUACCAGGCUGCAUCGAACUGCGCUGGCAUGCUGCAAUAGUCCACGACGCUCGUGAAAUCUUUUCGUUUGUGUAUUAAAAGGGCAACAGCUAACUGCCGUUUUUGUGCAUUCCAAGAUGGUCGAAGAAAAGGAGAACGUGCCUGUGGGAGAGCAGGUCUCCAAGAAGGGAGCCAAGAAGCAAGCCAAGGCCGCCAAGAAAGCCGAGCAGAAAGCGGAGAACGCAUCCGCUGCUGCUGCUCAAAAUGCAGGCGGCGAUGGUGCCGAAGAUCAUGCCGCCGGUCGCUAUGGUCUCUCGGAGAUGAUCCAGUCCAAGGACAAGCGCAGCGAGCGAAACUUUGUCCCAGUGCCGGAGCUCAGUGGACAGGUGGGCAAGGGACUGGUUUGGGUGCGAGGUCGCGUUCACACAUCGCGUGCCAAGGGAAAGCAAUGCUUCCUUAUCCUGCGCCAGCAGAGCAGCACGGUCCAGUGCAUCCUGGCAGUUGGCGAUAUCAUAUCCAAGCAGAUGGUGAAGUUUGCUGGAAAUAUCCCCAAGGAGAGCAUCAUCGAUAUUCAGGCCAAAGCUGUGGCUGUGGCCAGCAAGAUUGAAUCCUGCACGGAGCAAUCGCUGGAGUUGUCCGUCGAGCAAAUCUUUGUGAUUUCCCAAGCCAAGGCUCAGUUGCCACUGCAAAUCGAGGAUGCUUCCCGGCCAGAGAACGCCGAGGACGAUGGACUCAACAUUCGCGUCAACCAGGACACGCGUUUGGACAACCGAGUACUAGAUCUGAGAACUCCUGCCAACCAGGCCAUUUUCAGGCUGGAGGCUGGCGUGUGCCGUCUGUUCCGCGACAUUCUCACCGAGCAGGGCUUCACCGAGAUCCACACGCCCAAGAUCAUCUCGGCGGCCAGCGAGGGAGGUGCCAAUGUGUUCACUGUCAGCUACUUCAAGGACUCGGCCUACCUGGCGCAGUCACCGCAGCUGUACAAGCAGAUGGCCAUUGCUGCCGACUUCGAUAAGGUGUACACCGUGGGCGCCGUUUUCCGGGCGGAGGACUCCAACACGCAUCGGCACUUGACUGAGUUCGUGGGCCUCGAUCUCGAGAUGGCAUUCAAAUACCAUUAUCACGAGGUACUUCACACGAUCGGAAAUACGUUUACGGCCAUUUUCAAGGGACUGCGCGACAAGUAUGCACGCGAAAUCGAGUCUGUGGGCCAGCAGUACAAGGUGGACGCCUUCAAGUUCCUGGAGCCGCCACUGAUCCUUCAGUUCUCCGAAGGCGUGGCCAUGCUGCGCGAGGCUGGAGUGGAGACUGGCGAUGAAGAGGAUCUGUCGACGCCAAACGAAAAGCUGCUGGGUCGGUUAGUGAAGGCCAAAUACGAUACUGACUUCUACAUCCUGGACAAGUUCCCGCUGGCGAUACGACCCUUCUACACGAUGCCAGACCCGAACAACCCCGUUUACUCCAACUCGUACGAUAUGUUCAUGCGUGGCGAGGAGAUACUGUCCGGUGCGCAACGUAUCCACGAUCCCGAGUACUUAAUUGAGCGAGCCAAACAUCACGGAAUCGAUACAUCCAAGAUUGCCGCUUACAUCGAGUCCUUCCGCUACGGAUGUCCUCCCCAUGCUGGCGGCGGCAUCGGCAUGGAGCGUGUGGUUAUGCUGUAUCUGGGAUUGGACAACAUCCGCAAGACUUCAAUGUUCCCACGUGAUCCCAAGCGGUUAACGCCUUAAAAUGCGAAAUCGUUAAACAACUCUACUCUUUAGAUGUGAAUUAAAUUCGAUGAAACUUUCGUUUUACUUUCCCUGUGACUUUCCAAGCCUCCCAAUUCUCCUAAUUUAUGCGUACCACGUGUGUUUCCCCAUUUUCUUAAGACUUACAUGCCGCAGAGUUGUAAAACAACGAGAAAAACUGUAUGAGAAGACUGCAUAGAGUCAAAUCUAAUUGGAAAUCGUAAAAAAAAAAAUAAAUAUCAGCGUGUUUGUACUGUAA